ACUCGCACACAUAACUAAUCCAUAAAUAAAAACUCCACAACUCCAUUACGUUAUCUAACUUUCAAUUAUAAACUCUCCCGAGCCUGCUUCUUUUUUCACUUUGUUUCUUAAAAGAAUCAAAAAUACAAUCUUUCUUUAGAAAAACCCAAAUCUUCAUCUGCAUGCAAAGCAUUCAGCUAAGAUAAAGAAAGAAAAAUAAGUAAAGGGCAAUUCUUUGAUGAGGAAUAUGUCUAAGAGCAGCUUGUUUCUGUUUCUGCUGUUGUUUUUUGUUUCUUGGGUUUCUUCUGUUACUGCUUCUGUGUCUUAUGACCAUAAAGCUAUUACCAUCAAUGGACAGAGAAGGAUUCUUAUUUCAGGCUCUAUUCAUUACCCAAGAAGUACUCCUGAGAUGUGGCCGGAUCUUAUACAGAAGGCCAAAGAGGGAGGUCUGGAUGUCAUAGAAACUUACGUUUUCUGGAACGGACAUGAGCCUUCACCUGGGAAUUACUAUUUUGAGGAUAGGUAUGAUCUGGUCAAGUUUAUCAAGCUGAUACAACAAGCAGGACUUUAUGCUCAUCUUCGAAUUGGACCCUACGUUUGCGCUGAGUGGAACUUUGGGGGAUUUCCUGUCUGGCUAAAAUAUGUCCCUGGUAUUGAAUUUAGAACUGACAACGGUCCUUUCAAGGCGGCAAUGCAAAAGUUCACAGAGAAGAUUGUCAGCAUGAUGAAGUCAGAAAAAUUGUAUGAAACUCAGGGAGGUCCAAUAAUUCUUUCUCAGAUAGAAAAUGAAUUUGGACCAGUUGAAUGGGAGAUUGGUGCACCAGGCAAAGCUUAUACAAAAUGGGCAGCUGAGAUGGCAGUGGGUCUUGGUACUGGUGUUCCAUGGGUCAUGUGCAAGCAAGACGAUGCCCCUGAUCCUGUUAUCAACACCUGUAAUGGAUUCUAUUGUGAGAAUUUCAAACCAAACAAGGAUUACAAACCCAAGAUAUGGACUGAAAACUGGACUGGCUGGUACACAGAAUUUGGCGGUGCAGUUCCUUAUAGACCAGCAGAAGAUUUAGCAUUUUCAGUUGCUAGAUUUAUACAGAACGGUGGUUCAUUUGUAAACUAUUAUAUGUACCAUGGAGGAACUAACUUUGGCCGGACUGCUGGUGGUCCAUUUAUUGCUACUAGCUAUGAUUAUGAUGCCCCUAUUGAUGAAUAUGGAUUAACAAGGGAUCCGAAGUGGGGACACUUGAGAGAUUUGCAUAAAGCUAUCAAGUUAUGUGAACCUGCUUUAGUCUCUGUAGAUCCCACAGUAACAUCACUUGGGAGUAAUCAAGAGGCUCAUGUGUUCAAGUCAAAGUCAUCCUGUGCAGCCUUCCUGGCAAACUAUGACACCAAAUACUCUGUUAAAGUAACGUUUGGCAGUGGGCAAUAUGACCUUCCACCUUGGUCUAUCAGCAUUCUUCCUGAUUGCAAGACUGCAGUUUUUAACACUGCAAGGCUUGGUGCGCAAAGCACGCAAAUGAAGAUGACGCCUGUUGGCAGUGCAUUUUCUUGGCAAUCAUACAUUGAAGAAGCUGCCUCUGGUUAUACUGAUGAUACAACUACACUAGAUGGAUUGUGGGAGCAAAUCAAUGUCACAAGGGAUGCUACAGAUUAUCUUUGGUACAUGACAAAUGUGAAGAUAGAUCCUAGUGAAGGAUUUUUGAAAAGUGGACAAGAUCCUCUUCUCACUGUAUAUUCAGCUGGGCAUUCUUUGCAUGUUUUCAUCAAUGGUCAACUAUCAGGUGGAUUGAAUGGAGUAUUGCUGGUUGUCAAGUUUCUACUUGACUUUUUAUAUUCUGUUGUAUUAACUCAACAGUUUAUUCUUAUUGCAGGAACUGUUUAUGGAUCAUUAAACAGUCCUAAGUUAACAUUUAGCCAGAAUGUGAAGUUGAAUGCUGGUGUUAACAAGAUUUCUUUGUUAAGUGUUGCAGUGGGUCUACAGAAUGUGGGUGUGCACUUCGAAAGAUGGAAUGUUGGAGUUCUUGGCCCAGUCACACUGAAGGGUUUGAAUGAGGGGACAACAGACCUGUCAGGAUGGAAAUGGUCUUACAAGAUUGGUCUAAAAGGUGAAGCAUUAAACCUUCACACUGUCACUGGGAGUUCAUCUGUUGAUUGGACAGAAGGAAAACUGUUGGCUAAAAAACAACCACUAACAUGGUACAAGACGACUUUUGAUGCACCAGACGGCAAUGACCCAUUAGCUUUAGAUAUGGGUAGUAUGGGAAAAGGUCAAAUAUGGGUAAAUGGUCAGAGCAUAGGACGCCAUUGGCCUGCAUAUAUAGCUCGUGGUAGUUGUGGCAGUUGCAACUAUGCUGGAACUUACAAUGAUAAGAAAUGCGGAAGUAAUUGUGGAGAACCCUCCCAAAGAUGGUACCAUGUUCCACGCUCCUGGCUGAAACCGAGUGGUAAUCUAUUAGUUGUUUUUGAAGAAUGGGGUGGUGAUGCAAGUGGAAUUUCUUUGGUCAAAAGAACUAUAGGAAGUGUUUGUGCUGAUAUAUUUGAAGGGCAACCAGCAUUGAAAAACUGGCAGAUGAUUGCACUGGGGAAACUUGACCGUCUCCAACCAAAAGCCCAUUUAUGGUGUCCUCCAGGGCAGAAGAUCUCUAAGAUCAAGUUUGCUAGCUAUGGAAUGCCCCAGGGAACUUGUGGAAGCUUCAGAGAAGGAAGUUGUCAUGCUCACAAGUCAUAUGAUGCUUUUGAAAAGAAGUGUGUCGGAAAGCAAUCUUGUUCAGUAACUGUGGCUGCUGAAGUUUUCGGAGGAAAUCCCUGUCCUGAUUCUGAAAAGAAGCUUUCAGUUGAGGCUGUCUGCAGCUGAAGUCUGGAAGAACUGUAUCUAGCCAAAUAAAUCAAGUCCCAAAUAAGAUCUUCAGUGCAUAAACCAUUGAUUGAUACAGCAUUUAUAAGAUUUGAAGCUUAGCAAAAGUAUAAAUACAUACCACACUCAAUUUCGGCGAAGCCGAAUAUUUGUGAAGUGGUUGUGAUGGUGCCUCAUGUACAUAGACAAGCUAUUAUUGGCCAAAUACAGCUCAAUGCAGCAUACUUAGCCUUAUUACAAUCUGCAAAAAUCUUAGUUCUUAGAUCACUGAUAUCUGAUACAAGUAAUGUAAGCAUUUGGCUUGCUGGGUUUGAAGCAUUUUUUGUGCUUUUCAUUUGUAAGAAUAAAAUGGAAAAGAGUAAUACAGAUUUUGUUAAUUUCUAUGUA